CACACAGGUGAGGAAAGCCCGGAGAGUGUGCAUUAAAGAGCAUCCGUCUAUGUGUUACGAAUACAACAAUGGAAUACAGGAAAUGCUAGGAAACUGUUGGCCGAUGUCCUAGAGGUUGCCAAAGUGUCUAGCAUCAGUGAUGUGCAUGCAUAGGCCCCAGGGCUAGUUCUGACAGGGACGUCAUUUAGGGUUGUCCUGCUUGGGCACUGCAGCCACUCUCCUCACCACCUGUCUUACUCUAUUGAACGUGAGCUGAGGUCUCUGCAUUAUGAAUGAGCCUUUUUAAAGGUGGACACUUCACUGUGCUUUGUUGCAGAGUGAGAGUGAGCGAGAAGGGAUUGGCAACCUUUCAAGGGACGCCACAAUCACGACCGCGUCCAGAUGUGGUAUCUUAAUUUGAGCCAGUAUGCUAUACAGCAGGGAAAUAAUCCUGCAGCAACAAGAAAUGUCGAUUUAUAAUUCAUUGACAUUUUUGUAGAGGUUGAUACAUUUCCCGUUAGGGAAAAACAAGCUUGACAUUUCGAAAUACAAACUUUUAAACCUCGCAGGAAAGAUCUCCUGCAACGGGGUGAUGCAAUUAAGAUCCUACGUCUGUACGAGAACAGUUUGAGUAUAAAAAAGAAAGGCUCAGGCAGAAAAGGAGAUGGCUUCUCUAUCUUUAUUAUUUUAACUUAUAAACUAGCCUGCACAGAGUGUACAAAACAUUAAGAAUACCUUCCUUAUAUUGAGUUGCAUCUCCUCCUUUUUUGCCCUCAGAACAGCCUCAAUUUGUCAGGGCAUGGACUCUACAAGGUGUGUAAAGCGUUCCACAGGGAUGCUGGCCCAUGUUGACUCUACAAGGUGUGGAAAGCGUUCCACAGGGAUGCUGGCCCAUGUUGACUCUACAAGGUGUGUAAAGCGUUCCACAGGGAUGCUGGCCCAUGUUGACUCUACAAGGUGUGUAAAGCGUUCCACAGGGAUGCUGGCCCAUGUUGACUCUACAAGGUGUGUAAAGCGUUCCACAGGGAUGCUGGCCCAUGUUGACUCUACAAGGUGUGUAAAGCGUUCCACAGGGAUGCUGGCCCAUGUUGACUCUACAAGGUGUGUAAAGCGUUCCACAGGGAUGCUGGCCCAUGUUGACUCUACAAGGUGUGUAAAGCGUUCCACAGGGAUGCUGGCCCAUGUUGACUCUACAAGGUGUGUAAAGCGUUCCACAGGGAUGCUGGCCCAUGUUGACUCUACAAGGUGUGGAAAGCGUUCCACAGGGAUGCUGGCCCAUGUUGACUCCAAUGCUUCCCACAGUUGUGUCAAGUUGGCUGGAAGGUCCUUCGGGAGGUGGACCGUUCUUGAAUGCACACGGGAAACUGUUGAGCGUGAAAGACGCAGCAGUGUUGCAGUUGACACGUCGGUGCGCCUGGCACCUACCACCAAGCCCUGUUCAAUGCUUAAAAAUCCUCUGAUUUAACCGGUCUCCUCCCCUUUCAUCUACACUGAUUGAAGUGGAUUUAACAGGUGACAUCGAUAUAGGGUCAUAGCUUUCACCUGGACUCACUGGUCAGUCUCUGUCAUGGAAAACACGUUUUGUAUACUCCGUAUAUAUUCGCUUUCCCACACAAGCACAAACACAUGGUCAUCACAUGCUGCGGCGCCAGGCGAUACUGUUCACAUAUUUGUUAUCAGGGCUCUAUUUUUCAUACAGCCAUGAGAGGUCAGGGGGAAGCUGGAAUUGAUUCAGUAGCUGACUACACACACAGGGCCACAUCUUUCACAUGCCAGACCCAGGAGGAGAGAGGGGUGAGAGAGAAGAAAAGGGUGGGGGCCCACAGCUUCCACAACACAGGCCCAAGAGGAAAGCGGGAGAGAGAGAGUCAUCUAUCAUCCGGGGACACGACUGUUGCUCCUUUAUCUACCCCCAUUUCAACCUCACUGAAAACAAUCAUUUAUUUUUGCCUCUUUUCUAUCCUAU